GUGGUGAAGAUGGCGCAGCGUGACUCUGCCACAUUCUCUAGAACCUCGACGACCAGUUUGAACUGGCGAGCUUCUGCAGUUCAGCCAGUCCAGUAAGAAAGAAGCAGAGGCGGCGACUCGAACUGGCCUUUCAGCCUCACACUGAGCGAGGAGAAGGAGGAGGGGAUGUGUGAGCUAGGCUAGCCGAGCAAGAGCUAAAAUAAAUAAAUUAGCUCGACUCGAGCGCGCUCACAUACUGCAGCAGUAAGAGCCGAGAUCAGAUUUCCGCUCAUUACCCCAGGUAGAGAGAGAGAGAGAGAGAGAGAGAGAGAGAGACUGGGCAUCUGCAGCAUUCACUGAUGACUCGCGUUUUGGGGAGGCAAAACACGAAAAGAAGCGACCGUGACAGACUGCGGGAAUGAAAGAGGACAUCCCAACGGUCGCAUUUUCAUAUUUUCCUCGGCGUGCUGCCAUGUAGCGCUCAUAGAACAUGUAGUUCUGUGAAGUCCGUCUAGCCGAGCCCUUCAUCUUGCGAGCAUCCUCCCACGACACCAGCGGAAUGGAGAUCGGCUUGCGAGGAAUCUAAACCAUCACUAGAAAUAAUGUGGAUCCCAACGGAGGAUGAGAAAUUCGGAGUUGUGAUAAGCAGUUUCCGUAGUUCUGUCAGUCAGUCUCUGGUGCUGGAGCUUGGAGAGACUGUCCAAAUCCUCGAGAAAUGCGAGGGAUGGUACAGAGGAUUUUCUACCAAAAGACCGACAGUUAAGGGGAUUUUUCCAACCAACUAUGUGCACUUAAAGAAAGCAACAGUUACCAACAGGGGGCAGUGUGAGACAGUGGUUCCUCUGGAGGAUCCGAUCAUCACUGAAAGCACCAGUACGCUGCAGGAAUGGGGCGUGCUGUGGAAACAGCUUUACGUGAAACACAGAGUCGAGCUGUUUCAGAAGCUGCGUCAUGUGAUGAACGAGCUGAUGGACCUGCGGCGUCAGCUGAUCUCAGGUCACAUGACCCAGGAACAGAGCCGUGAGGUCAAGCGCCACAUCACCCUGCGCCUGGACUGGGGCAACGAACACCUGGGAUUAGAUCUGGUGCCUAGGAAAGAGUUUGAGAUGGUGGAUCCAGACCAGUUCAGUGUAUCUGACCUUUACAAGAUGCAUACAUCCAGCAGACAUUGUGGUCAAUCAAGUACAGCACAGGGCCAGCGUCAUGGUGAUGGCUCCCGAACGCUGAUUGCUCACCAUCUCUUUCUCAACCUGAAAAGCUUCACAUAUAACAGCAUCAGCGAAGAUACAGAGGUGUUUUUCAGCCUCUAUGAUGCCCGGGAGAGCAAAUACAUCAGUGAAAGGUUUCUGGUAAAGCUAAACAAAAAUGGUGGGCCACAGAAUCCAGAGAAAGUGGACAGACUCUGUGCUCUUUUUACGGAUUUGAGCACAAAAGAUCUCAAAAAAGAGCUCUAUAUUGUUGCACAUGUCAUCAGAUCGGGUCGUAUGUUGCUGAAUGACUCAAAGAAAGGACCUCCACAUGUGCAGUACAGGCGACCAUAUGGCUGUGCCGCCCUGGCCAUGAGUGAUGUUUUCAGUUCCAUCACAGAUCCUAGAGAGGAAAAGGACUUUGUGCUCAAAAUUUAUACCUGUAAUAAUGAAAGUGAGUGGUAUCAGAUCCAUGAGAACAUAAUACGAAAAUCCAGCACAAAAUACUCUGCACCUAGCACAAACUACGGUCUGAUAGUAUCUUUGCAGUUGUUCCGUGGAGAUUUAGAUACCUUGAGAAGAGAAAACCAUGUGAUGUUCAGUAGGGGUGUCACUCUUACUCGUAAACUAGGAUUCCCAGAUGUCAUUUUACCAGGGGACAGUCGGAAUGACCUGUAUCUGAUGCUGGAGCGGGGUGAUUUUGAGCGUGGGGGGAAGAGCGUGCAGAAGAACAUUGAGGUGACUGUGUAUGUGCUGUAUGCGGACGGAGAGACACUAAAAGACUGUAUCCACGUGGGCUGUGGAGAGCCCAGUGUUAGUGAACAUUGCUCCUUUGUGCUGUACCACAACAACAGUCCUCGCUGGAGUGAAAGCCUCAAACUGUCCAUUCCUAUUGAACGCUUCCGUGGAUCGCACCUACGCUUUGAGUUCAGACACUGCUCCACAAAAGAUAAAGGAGAGAAGAAGCUCUUUGGUUUCUCGUUCACGCCGCUCAUGAGGGAGGAUGGGACCACCUUAUUGGAUGAGUGCCAUGAGCUGUAUGUCUAUAAGUGUGAUGAGAACACUACGUUCAGUAAUCAGGGUUUGUAUUUGAGUAUGCCGUGCUGUAAGGCAGAUUUGAACAGCUGUCCUGCUAUCCCAGCUUCAUUUCCUUUCCAACGGAGCAACAAGGAGAGCUUCUGUAUCAGCACGCUGCUGGCUUCAACAAAGCUUACACAGAACGUGGAUCUUCUGACUCUGCUGAAGUGGAAAGCUAAUCCCGAGAGAGUUCUGGACAUCCUCGGCCGAUUACGUGUUAUCAGUGGAGAGGAAAUUGUAAAGUUCCUGCAGGAUGUACUGGACACACUGUUUUCUCUUCUUGAUGAUAACAUUGACAAAUAUGGACCACUAGUGUUUCAGUCUCUGGUGUUCAUCAUCAACCUCCUCAGGGAUUCACGGUAUUACCAUUUUCGGCCAGUUAUGGACGCCUACAUACACAACCAGUUUGCAGGAGCGCUGGCCUACAAGGAGUUGAUCCGCUGUCUGAAGUGGUACAUGGAUCGCUCUGCUGAGGUUGUACGCCAAGACCACAUUCAAGAUGCUAUGAGGGCACUGGAGUAUCUGUUUAAGUUUAUAGUCCAGUCUCGGGCUUUGUAUUCGCGGGCUACGUGUGGUUUGGAGGAGGAGCAGUUCAGAGCCAGCAUUCAAGAGCUCUUCCACUCCAUCCGUUUUCUGCUCAGUCUGGACGGACGUAAUGCUGAGACACUGGUCUGCACACAGGCUGCAUUAUUAAACAGCUUCCCAGACAUCUUUGAUGAGCUUCUUCAGAUGUUUACAGUGCAAGAGGUGGCAGAGCUGGUGAGGGGGACACUAGCGAGCAUGCCCGGUACGGUGGACAUUGGUCAGUCCAUGGACGUGGUCAAACUCCAAUCUAUCUCUCGUACUGUGGACAGCAGACUCUUCUACUUCCCAGAAUCCCGGAGUAUUCUGCUUCCAGUAGUAUUACAUCACAUUCACCUGCACCUGAGACAGCAGAGAGAGCUGCUGUUGUGUGCAGGAAUUUUGAGCAGCAUCUUCUCCAUCCUCAACACAAGUGCUCAGGAGUCUUCGUGUGUGCAGGAGGAGGUGGAGAUGAUGGUGGAGAGUUUGCUGGACGUGUUACUGCAGACCCUCUUGUCCAUCAUGAGUAAGAGCCAGGCAGUGGAAAACAGCCGGAGUCAGCGCUGUCCCCAGUGCACUGCAGAGAUAACGGGCGAGUAUGUGUCCUGUUUGCUGUCUCUGCUGAAACUGAUGUCUGAGUUGCAUUUCCACCACCUGCUCAACAACUUCCACAGCAAAGAUGAACUCAAGGAGUUUCUGCUGAAGAUAUUCUGUGUGUUCAGAAAUCUGAUGAAGCUUGGUGUGUUUCCACGAGACUGGAGUAUUAUGCGGCUACUCACCAGCCAGAUCAUUGUGACAACAACCCGAUAUCUGACUCCUGCACUUCAUAAGAACUUCUCAGAUGCAGACUUCGAUUUUAAGGUGUGGAACUCCUUCUUUAGUUUGGCUGUGCUAUUUAUCAGUCAGCCAAGCCUGCAGCUUGAGUCUCUCAGUCAAGUGAAGAGGAAAAGAAUAUUGGACAAAUAUGGAGAUUUGAGAGUACAGAUGGCAUAUGAGCUAUACAGCAUGUGGCAAAAGCUAGGGGAUAAUAAGCCUCAUUUCACCCCUGGGAUGAUGGGGCCAUUCCUAGGGGUAACUCUUGUUCCUCAAGCUGAGGUCAGAAACAUUAUGAUUCCCAUUUUCCAUGACAUGAUGGACUGGGAACAACGCAAGAAUGGCAACUUCAAACAGGUUGAGGCAGAGUUGAUGGAUAAACUGGAUAGUAUGAUGUCAGAUGGGAAAGGAGAGGAAAACCACAGAGAACUCUUUGGAUUACUGACUCAGCUUUUCGGACCAUAUCCGAGUCUGUUGGAGAAGAUGGAGCAGGAGACAUGGAGAGAGACGGGAGUGUCUUUCAUCACCUCAGUUACACGCCUCAUAGAGAGGCUUCUAGAUUACAGGGAUAGUGUGAGAGGAGAAGAAACUGAGAGCAAAAAACUGGGAGCCAACAUCAUGAAUUUCUACAAGUGUGAGAUAACCAAAGAAGACAUGUACAUCCGCUACAUUCACAAGCUCUGUGACCUCCACUUGCAGAUGCAUAACUACACAGAGGCUGCAUUCACAUUGCUGUUGUACUGGGAGCUGCUGCAGUGGUCUGAGCAGCCCCUCCGAGACCUCAUGCAGUACCCUGCACAGAGCCAGUGGCAGCGCAAAGAAACCCUGAGCAGAAAGAUACUGCACUACUUCAACAAGGGCAAGUGUUGGGAGUAUGGGAUUUCUCUGUGCAGAGAAUUGGCCCUCCAGUACGAGAUGUUAUAUGACUACCAUAGCUUGAGCUGGAUACGGAAAAUGGAGGCCAGUUUCUAUGACAACAUCAUUGAGCAGCAGCGUCUGGAGCCCGAGUUCUUCAGAAUGGGCUUUUAUGGACGCAAGUUUCCUUUUUUCCUGCGAAAUAAGGAGUUUGUGUGUAGAGGCUACGACUAUGAGCGCCUGGAGGACUUUCAGCAGAGGAUGCUGACCGAGUUUCCACAAGCCAUUGCACUUCAACACCCCAACCUACCAGACGACAGCAUCCAACAGAGUGACGCCCAAUACAUUCAGGUCUAUGCUGUAACCCCUGUGUCUGAACUCUCUGAUGGGCCAAUGAUGGACAGGGUGCCCGAGCGGAUCAAAAGCUUCUAUCGUAUCAACAACGUCUCCCGCUUCCACUAUGACCGGCCCUUCCACAAGGGCCCCAAAGACAGAGAAAACGAGUUCAGGAGUUUGUGGAUAGAGAGAACCACUCUGGUUCUGUGCCGCCCCUUGCCGGGUAUCUCCCGCUGGUUUGAUGUAGAGAGAAGGGAGGUGGUGGAGGUAAGUCCUUUGGAGAAUGCCAUAUAUGUGGUGGAGAAUAAAAACCAGGAGCUGCGCACCCUGAUCAGCCAGUAUCAGCAGCGCCAUCACCAUGGCAACAUCAACCUGCUGAGCAUGUGUCUAAACGGUGUGAUUGAUGCAGCCGUGAAUGGCGGGAUAGCACGCUACCAGGAGGCAUUUUUUGAUAAAGACUACAUCAGCAGCCACCCAGAGGAGAUGGAGAGAAUCACUCAACUAAAAGAGCUAAUGCAGGAACAGGUUCACAUUCUGGGAGUAGGCCUGGCUGUCCAUGAGAAGCUGGUACAUCCUGAAAUGCGUCCCCUGCACAAAAAGCUGGUUGAUCAGUUCCAUGUGAUGAGGAGUGGUUUAUCUCAUGGUGUUGCUGCACUGGAUCGUUUCUGUCCUUCUGGUAUGAGAAUUCUGCCACCAAGCCCAGAGAGUAGCCGAGUAAUUCACAGGCACAGUCCCCUUGGCUCUCUUCGCCUCCCCUCCUCCCACCCUCCUAGUGAGGGCGGACCUUUGAUGAUUUUGACAGAUGGGCUAAUAGACCAACCAGAAGAUACUCCACUCAUGCAGCCAAGUCCUUCGUCCUCAAGCCUCAGCUCCAUUCGUUCCUCUUCCUCACAGAUGAUAAACUCCGCUCCUUCUAGUGCGAGAGGUUCUCCCUCUCUCUCUGAUAAGAACAAGAAUAACCGUGAGCUGCUGAUGUUGUUACCUCCACAUAGGGAGAGACCUAACAAUACUGCUUACUAUGGCAACACUGAGAACGGACAGAUGAACAACCUUCAGCGUUCUAUACUACAGCAGCAUAGUCCCUGCAAACCAUGUACUGAUCCCCACUCAGGCCUCACUGACCGAGGAUACCCUACAGCCCCCAGCAGCUGGAGUUUGGAUGGAGAAGCAGGAUCAUACAUGCAAAACCCUGGUAUUCUGACAGCACCUUAUGGCUCUUCCCGCACCUUUCCACAGGGUCAUUUCCUGAUGCACUUUGAUACAUUCCAGCAGCAGAUGAAUGAGCCUCCGCCAAUUUUGCCUGUGCGCUCACUCAGAAAGUCUCCUCUACACCCUAUCCCCGGUUCUCCCACCAGUCCUGUGUCAGUUUUGGGUGGCAGCAACUCUACUCUGUCCGGCAGCGCAAGCAGCGGCGUCUCCUCCCUCAGUGAGAGUGUUCACAGUCAUGCUGACACACCCAGUCGUCACGACAACACCCACAGUGACUCCUCCAGUCGUCAUGAUGGCCCUGUCUCGGGCCAUGCUGACACCCCUAGUCGCCACGACAAUCCUAUAGACGCUGCUCCUGUGCAUUACUGGAGUCCUGAUGAGCACAUAAGUUCGCAGUAUCAUGUGCACUUCAGUGGAGUGCCUGAGCAUGUGCACGAACAUGUGCACUACCCGUCGGUUCCUGAGCAUGGUCAGUAUGGCCAUGGCCAUGGCCACUAUGGCACUGCUACAGAACAUGGCCUCUACAGUCCAGAAGCUGAAUCGACGGAGCCUCAACGGCCUUGCCAUCUGCGCCCAGCGGGUUUCAACCCCAUGCAGGACCACCACCACGCCUCAUUGCGCCGGGCCGGACCACCAGCCGUUCCCCCAAAACCUAGCCAGAGGGAGGAGGAGGGAGGGUUGGGGGUCCAUCCGGUGCCUCUCCCCCGCAGAAUAUUCCCUCCUCACCGUGCGACCUGGGAGCAGGGCAUUAGGGAAGAACAAGAGGAGAAUGCGGGAUGAGGAAUCGGAGAAUGCAGGAUGAGAAGGAGAAAAAGAAAGAAGGCAGCAGAGAGGCUGAAGCAGGGACGAAGCACGAUCCUGGUCUUAUGAGGCUUUGUACAGGUGUCCCAUCUGCAUAGACUUCAUGAGAACAUGUGAGGAAUACCUCUAGACCAGGACCUGCCUCGCAUCGCAGAUUCUAGAGAAAACAGCACCAUGCUUCGGCUUGCAGCACAUGCUUACGAUCAUACUCUGGUGUCCAAAAUGUCUGUGAGCAUGGUUUUUUUGUUCCCUUCAAAAGAAAAAGCUAUAUUUUGUGAGUAUGGUGAAGAAUAUAAAAUAGACAAUCCCUGUAGUCUCCUUGCUUUGUGCGGUCCUCAGUCUUCUAAAGUGGCAAAAAAGGAGGGGCUUUCCCCUUCGAUUGCAAUGCUUUGAAAAUGGUAACAUGCCCCAGUUUGACUGGAAAAAUCUUUCUCUCUAACCAUGUAGAUUCCAAACAUUUUGCUUCUCGACAGAAUUCUGAAAGUUUCUCUCUGCAGCACUUUACAUAUUUCUUAGUCUUGCAAAUGUUCAGAAACCUACCGAAAUGGUGUCUUCAUAAUGGCGAGAAAGGAGACAACUUGUGGCCUCUUGAUGGUUAGGUCAAGAAACAGAAUUUGUCUCACCUUUCAGGCUACAAAUCAGGUACUGCUAGGUUUGCAUUGUUGAUACUCCUCUGUCUCAUGUAUGUACCAUAGCUCUUUUCUUCCUGAAUUCCUUGCAGAUAACCUCUGGCUAGUUUAGUGUAGGUGUAAAUACUGUAUGCUGUUGUACUAGCUACACAAGCACAUGGACCUCACAUGAAUCACUUCUCAUUCAGGAAGCAUUUGAAUGCGUUGUCUUGGUCGUAAGUGAUCCAGCUAGUACUCAUUACCUCUAAGAAGGAAUAACGUGGCAAACAGGACUGCCAGUUACAAUGAGUUGUAAUCUAGUCAGGUCUGGAUUGAACCGUUUGAUUGUACUUGUGACUUUACCAGCUUGUAAAUGUUUGGCUCAUUUAACAAGGAUGGCGAAUACUACCUUUCUUUUAUGUUGGAAUUAUUCUGUUUUACAGUAACCUUAAUGAAUUUAAACCAAAUUCAGGGUUAUUUUCCAAAGUUAGUGGGAACAUUCCCCUCCAUUGCAACUGUGCUAGCAAGACACAUGCAGGUGCCAAACCUCAGGUGUAUCCGAGCGUUAGAUGCUAAGGAGCAUGGUGGCUACAGGGGUACCACACCAAAAACCUUCAAUGCAUAAUAUUACAAUGUACAUUUAGUCACUGUACAUACGUAAGACAGCCUGGUGAUACAUGCUUUUGAAUAAUCACAUACCCUCAAAGCUGUUGUGUCAUUGUUUUAUGUACAUAACCCAGAAGUGGUAUAUGAAGAUUAUUGGAAAUUCAUGUUUAUAUUGGGCAAAUUACAAUAGAUUGUGAUUGUCUCAUUUGUUCUAGACUUGAGAUAUUAAGUCUGAAGAAAAAAUUCAUUUAUACUCUUUUCAAUGUGCCCUCUUGUACAUAUUGUGAACGCAUGAAUAAAUGGUGUUAUAAAUUUUAA